AUGGCGAACCUCCCGAAGACCAUGAAGGCUUUGCAGUACUCAAAGCCCGAGAAUUUCUCUAUCGUGGAAGUUCCCCUCCCAGAGCUUCGAGACGACGAUGUUCUCGUUAAGGUCAAGGCUUGUGGUGUGUGCGGAACAGACCUGCACAUCCACGAGGGCGAGUUCAUCGCCAAGUUCCCUCUCAUCCCCGGGCACGAGACGGUGGGGGUUGUUGCCGCCGUGGGCAAGAACGUCAAGAAAUUCCAGCUCGGUGACCGCGUAGCGGCGGACAACUCUGAGCUAUGUGGCCACUGCUUCUACUGCCAGCGUGGCGAGCCCCUGCUCUGUGAGAACUGGUCUGGACACGGAACCACCCUUCCGGGUGGCUUCGCCGAGUACUGCGCGUACCCUCAACACCAAAUUUUCAAGUUCCACAACAUGAGCGAUGUGGAGGCCACACUUAUCGAGCCAGCCUCGUGUGCAUGCCACGGCCUCGACAAGAUCCGGCCCCGCCUGGGCUCAUCUGUUCUCAUGUUUGGCGCGGGCCCGACGGGUCUGAUGCUUGCGCAGCUUCUGAGGCAGAACGGAGGAUGCUCUGUCACCAUUGCCGCACCAGGUGGCCUAAAGAUGGACUUGGCCAAGAGCCUCGACGCGGCUGAUCAUUACGUCGAGCUUUCCCGCACCGACCCGUCGGCCCAGUUUGACGCGCUCAAGAAGAACAACCCGUAUGGAUUCGACGUUGUCGUUGAGGCCACCGGCUCGGUCAAGCUGCUCGAGGAUGCGAUCAACUACGUUCGUCGCGGUGGUACCCUCGUCGUGUACGGAGUGUACGCGAGCUCGGCCCGUGUCUCCUGGCCCCCUGCCAAGAUUUUCGGUGACGAGAUCCGAAUCCUGGGGUCCUUCAGCGAGACUUUUAUGUUCCCCGCCACCAUUGAGUAUCUCGACUCGGGAAAGAUCAAAACCAAGGGUAUUGUGAACAAGACGUUCAAGCUCGAGCAGUUCCAGGAGGCUCUCGACUCAAUCAAGAACAAGAGCGCUAUCAAGGCUGCUAUUGUCUUUGAUUAG